AUGUUAGCACCUCGAACACAUUUGAAUGCUCGUAACAAGCAGAUAUAUAAGCAAUAUUUACGGGAACAGUUUCAUGAAUAUAAGCAUCUGAUUAUUAGUCCAUUUGUACUUGUUAUUAUCGGUGUACCUCGUCUUAUAAUUUCAUUUCCAUCUGGAUGCAUGAAAUCUGUUCGUAAUCCAUGGUUAUUUCUCUUUGAAUAUUUUAUUUCAUUUUUACCAUCAUUAUUAAUUCCUCUUGUUUACAUCUUCCCUUCGGAUACUUAUAGAAAAGAAUUACAAAUUGUUAUUCGACAAUGUUUACAUCGAAGUUAA